UCAGUGGCGAGGCUCCUUCUGGGAUGGCUGCUCUGGUUGUAAACAAGCCUGGAGCGGGACUAGACAGUGGUCGUCAGGGCAGCCGGGGGACGGCCGUGGUGAAGGUGCUGGAAUGUGGAGUUUGUGAAGAUGUCUUUUCUUUGCAAGGAGACAAAGUUCCUCGCCUUCUGCUUUGUGGCCAUACAGUCUGUCAUGACUGUCUCACUCGGCUGCCUCUUCAUGGAAGAGCAAUCCGUUGCCCUUUUGAUCGGCAAGUAACAGACCUAGGAGAUUCAGGUGUCUGGGGAUUGAAAAAAAAUUUUGCUUUAUUGGAGCUUUUGGAAAGACUACAGAAUGGACAUACUGGUCAGUAUGGAGCUGCAGAAGAAGCCAUUGGGAUAUCUGGAGAGAGCAUCAUUCGUUGUGAUGAAGAUGAAGCUCAUGUUGCAUCUGUAUAUUGCACUGUAUGUGCAACUCACUUGUGCUCAGAGUGUUCCCAAGUUACUCAUUCUACGAAGACACUAGCAAAGCACAGGAGAGUGCCUCUAGCUGAUAAACCGCAUGAGAAGACUAUGUGCUCUCAGCAUCAAGUGCAUGCCAUUGAGUUUGUUUGCUUGGAAGAUGGCUGUCAAACUAGCCCACUCAUGUGUUGUGUCUGCAAAGAAUAUGGAAAACACCAAGGUCACAAGCAUUCAGUAUUGGAACCAGAAGCUAACCAGAUCCGAGCAUCAAUUUUAGAUAUGGCUCAUUGCAUACGGACCUUCACUGAGGAAAUUUCAGAUUAUUCCAGAAAAUUAGUUGGAAUCGUUCAGCACAUUGAAGGAGGAGAACAAAUAGUAGAAGAUGGAAUUGGAAUGGCCCACACAGAACAUGUACCAGGUACUGCAGAGAAUGCCCGAUCGUGUGUCCGAGCUUAUUUUUCUGAUCUGCAUGAAACUCUGUGUCGUCAAGAAGAAAUGGCUCUAAGUGUUGUUGAUGCUCAUGUUCGAGAAAAAUUGAUUUGGCUUAGGCAGCAACAAGAAGAUAUGACUAUUUUGUUAUCUCAGGUUUCAACAGCCUGUCUCCAUUGUGAAAAGACUUUGCAACAGGAUGAUUGUAGAGUUGUUUUGGCAAAACAAGAAAUUACAAGGUUACUGGAAGCAUUGCAAAAGCAGCAGCAGCAGUUUACAGAAAUUGCAGAUCACAUUCAGUUGGAUGCCAGCAUCCCUGUCACUUUUACAAAGGACAAUAGAGUUCACAUUGGACCCAAAAUGGAAAUUCGAGUUGUUACAUUAGGAUUAGAUGGUGCUGGAAAAACUACUAUUUUGUUUAAAUUAAAACAGGAUGAGUUCAUGCAGCCUAUUCCAACAAUUGGUUUUAAUGUGGAAACUGUAGAAUAUAAAAAUCUAAAGUUCACCAUUUGGGAUGUAGGUGGAAAACACAAAUUAAGACCAUUGUGGAAACAUUAUUACCUUAAUACUCAAGCUGUUGUAUUUGUUGUUGAUAGCAGUCAUAGAGACAGAGUUAGUGAAGCACACAGUGAACUCGCAAAGUUGUUAACAGAAAAAGAACUCCGAGAUGCUUUACUCCUGAUUUUUGCUAACAAACAGGAUGUUGCUGGAGCUCUGUCAGUAGAAGAAAUCACUGAGCUUCUUAGUCUCCAUAAAUUGUGCUGUGGCCGAAGCUGGUAUAUUCAGGGCUGUGAUGCUCGAAGUGGUAUGGGACUGUAUGAAGGAUUGGACUGGCUCUCACGCCAACUUGUGGCUGCUGGAGUGUUGGACGUUGCCUGA